CAAACUGCUGGUCGCGCACACAGAAGGACACCGACAUGAACUCAUCUGAAGGAAACUGUGAGAUCAUGUUAGUAUCAGGAUAACCGGCACAGUAACAGUUAAUGUCUCUCUUUAAAAAACGGUUUAGGUUCAUUUAAUAACAUGACGUCUAAAACAGCGGCGGCGGCGGGCUGUUUAACGUGGAGGGUUUUCAGUCCUUUCAGCCUCCGCGCUGCAUGCAGCUCACCAGCAGUCAAUAGUCGACAGUGCAGCUCCAAACUGGCAACCCAGCAGGACAAAAAACCAAAGAGAUCUCCCCUCAGACCUGCGGCCAGCUCCACGCACGACUGGAUCGGGCCUCCGAACCCUCUCUCCAACCUGCGGCCAAUCGUUUACCGCGUCCCCGAGAACGAAUCGGAGCUGGAGAAACGUCUGAGACACCUGAGGCAGGAGACGGAGGACUGGAACCACGACUUCUGGACCAAACAGAACAUCAGCUUCAGCAAGGAGAAAGAGGCUUUCAUCAUUUCACAGCUGAAGGCAAAAGGCUUGACUGUGCGUGACGAGCAAGGACGAAGGCGGACUCUGAACAGCGAAGAGAUGGCCGUGUUUUACAAAAGCUUCCUGGACACAAACAGAAUACGACAUGCAAAUUAUAACAAGGAAUGGUACCGACGUAACUUCACCAUCACGUUGCUCAUGGCCCGAGUCGCCCUAAAGAACAUGUGGAGGACCAUUUCUGAAAGACAAAACAGCAAGAAAGACAACACCCCUCCCACCUGAUGAGAAAUAAAAUACUCACCUGCCUUCCCAC